AUGUCGGGCAACGUUGGUAUGGAGCAUCUUAUUCCUAUAGUGAAUAAACUACAGGAUGUGUUUGCUUCCCUCGGUGUACCACUUUCUCUGGAUCUACCCCAAAUAGCUGUAGUUGGAAGCCAAAGUGCUGGCAAAAGUAGUGUCCUCGAAAACUUCGUUGGCAGGGACUUCUUGCCUAGAGGCUCAGGAAUAGUUACCAGACGACCUUUAGUACUACAACUUAUUUACAGCAAAAUAGAGUGGGCUGAAUUUAUUCAUGCCAAAGGAAAAAAAUUUACAGACUUUGCUUUAGUCCGUAAAGAGAUUGAAGAUGAAACAGAUAGAGCUACUGGCAGCAACAAAGGAAUCUCCAAUCUACCUAUUAAUUUACGAGUAUAUUCUCCAAAUGUUCUUAACUUAACAUUGAUUGAUUUACCUGGUAUGACAAAAGUACCAGUUGGAGACCAACCACCAGAUAUAGAACAGCAGAUCAGGAAUAUGAUUAUGGAGUUUAUCUCUAAGGAGUCUUGUCUGAUCUUGGCUGUGUCACCUGCCAACACUGACUUGGCCAAUUCUGAUGCUCUGAAAAUUGCUAAAGAAGUGGAUCCUCAAGGUUUGAGAACGAUUGGUGUGAUCACUAAACUAGAUUUGAUGGAUGAAGGCACAGACGCUAGGGAAGUGCUAGAAAAUAAGCUGCUGCCACUAAGAAGAGGUUACAUAGGUGUAGUUAAUAGAAGUCAAAAAGACAUCGAUGGUAAAAAAGAUAUUAGAGCUGCUCUGGCAGCUGAAAGAAAAUUUUUCUUGUCACAUCCUUCCUACCGGCACAUUGCAGAUCGACUUGGCACUCCACAUUUGCAGAAAGUAUUAAACCAACAGUUGACAAAUCACAUAAGAGAUACUUUACCUUCACUGCGUAAUAAACUACAGUCACAGUUGCUCUCAAUGGAAAAAGAAGUGGAAGAAUACAAAAAUUUUAGACCAGAUGAUCCAGCAAGAAAAACAAAAGCCAUGAUGCAGAUGAUUUCACAGUUCAGCACAGACUUUGAAAGAGACAUUGAAGGCUUUGGCACUCAUGUGUCCACAGAAGACUUAUCUGGUGGUGCCAAGAUCAAUAGAAUUUUUCAUGAAAGAUUCCCUUUUGAACUUGUCAAGAUGGAGUUUGAUGAAAGAGAAUUAAGGAAAGAAAUUGCUAUCACCAUUAAAAAUAUCCAUGGUAUCAGAACAGGUCUUUUCACCCCUGACAUGGCAUUUGAGAGUAUUGUAAAGAAACAAAUCAACCGACUUAAAGAACCAUCUUUGCAUUGUGUCGAUCUAGUUGUUACAGAACUUUCUACAGUUGUUAGGAAAUGUACUGAGAAGAUGUCACGCUAUCCAAGAUUGCGAGAAGAAACAGAGCGUAUUGUGAACACACGUAUUAGGGAACAAGAACAAGUGGCUAAGCAACAGAUUCUACAGCUGAUUGAUAUUCAGUUAUCCUACAUGAAUACAAAUCAUGAAGACUUUAUUGGUUUUGCAAACGCCCAGCAAAAGUCAGAAAACACUAACAAACGAAAACUUGGCAAUCAAGUUAUACGAAAGGGUUGGUUAUCCUUACACAACAUAAGUUUCAUCAAGGGUGGCUCUAAAGACUUUUGGUUUGUUUUAACCGCUGAAUCUCUCUCCUGGUACAAAGAUGAAGAGGAAAAGGACAAGAAAUACAUGCUACCCCUAGAAGGGUUAAAGCUACGGGACCUAGAAUCUGGAAUAUUCUCUCGCCACCAAAUUUUUGCACUUUUCAAUGCUGAGAAUAGAAAUGUCUACAAAGAUUACAAACAAUUGGAGUUGUCCGCUGAGUCCCAGGAUGAGGUAGACAGCUGGAAGGCCUCAUUUCUGAGAGCUGGUGUCUACCCUGAGCGUACCACUGAUGAAAAUUCAAGUUCUAAAGAUGACUACUCAUCAAUGGAUCCCCAACUUGAGAGACAGGUUGAGACUAUACGCAACUUGGUGGACUCCUAUUUGAAGAUUGUCAACAAGACCCAGCGAGAUCUAGUGCCCAAAACCAUUAUGUAUCUUAUUAUAAGCAAUAUUCGGGGAUUUAUUGAUAGUGACCUAUUGGCUCACAUCUAUUCAACGGGUGACCAGGGUCAGAUGAUGGAGGAGUCUGCAGAGGAGGCUCAGCGGCGUGAAGAAAUUCUGCGCAUGUACCAUGCCACCAAGGAUGCCCUGCAGAUUAUUGCAGAAGUGUCUACAUCAACUGUUACCACACCAACUCCUCCUCCUGUCAAAGAUGACUGGCUCAGUGAGGAAAGUGCCAAUAGUGGACCUGCAUACAAUAAUCGUCCACCUAGUCCUGCAAGACCACGAGCUGCCCCACCUCUUCCAAACAGACCUAUGGACCAACCACUUCAACCCAUCAGGGCUGCUCCCGGUGUGCCAAACCGACCUGCUCCAGACAGGCCCAUGCCAAGUAUUCCUGCUCGCCCCGUCAGUGGCGCCAGCAAACCUGUACCUCGUAUUCCAGACAGACCUCUUGUUCCACAGAGACCCAACUAAAAGACAUGGAUCAAUCUGGAAUAGGUUUUCAAGUUUGAAUCAGAAUGCUGUUUAAUGUUCAUAGUUUGGGAGCGCUUUGUUUUUUAAAAAAAAGCCAGCCCCAAAAGUUGUUUGAAUAUUGAUGUAUAUUAGUUAACUAAGUAAACAAAAUUUUUUUUCCUAUGUACAAAAAAUGUUUUUUUGUUAUAAAUGAUAAUACAACCAAUAUGUUAAACUAAGCUGAUAAAAUGGAUAUUGUGUGGGUGAGUGAAUUGUGAUUGGUGUAUUAUUACAUUUUAGUCAAAAGCUGGGGGAUCUUGUGGCUGCAGGGAAUAUUUAAUAGUGUCCAGAACAGGCUGUGAUGACCUGAACCUCAUACAAAUAUAACAGAAAUAAUGUAAUACUUGGUAAAAGUAUUGCUUUGUUAAAGUAUUCUAUGACUAACAUGAACAAAGAGUUGAAAAGUAGAUGAAAGGAAAAUAUGGCUAUUUUUAUUGAUAUUAAGACACCAAAUCUUGCCAUUAGUUUUUUUGCUUUCUUUUGGCAUUAUACAUACACAUUAUCACUACCUCAUAUUAUCUUGAUGGUAGAGUAGUCAGUGGUGGCUUUGUGGUAAAUUUGCAUUCUAUUAUUAAGUGGAUAGCCAGGACCACAGAGCAGUAAAAUAUCUAAAGCAAGAAAAUGAAAAUCCAUUUGAUAGGCAAGUGUCCUACUCCCUCACCCCUCUGACACUAAAUAGUACUUGUAGAUGAGAACUGAGCUUGUCAGUGACUCUAUAUAUGAUAACAAUAUAGUACCGACCUGAACAUUCCCGAAUAAUUGUUGGCUGUAUGGUUGAGUUUUCUUCUUCUUGUGUUAGGCUUAGUUUCCCAGUCACUGUAUCCUCUACUUAGAAGACUUUUAGUUGUGCUGUUUAACAAUGUUUUGUCUCUGUAGCCAGAGCCCCAUGCUCCCCCGCCACCCCUUCCUAUGUAUUUAUUGUUACAAAUGCACAUGUACAAAUCUUAAGGGUUGUUUAUUAUUGUGUGUUAUGCUAAAGGUUGUCUUAGUCACUAUCACUUUAUUAUGUCCUGUGUAACAUAGAUCAACAUUUUGCUCUUUCUAUACAUAUAGUUUGUGAAACAUUUGCUGAAGCAGUCAUAAUUAUCACCAAAUAUAUACAACUAUUUGAAUACAUGUGAUCAACUUUCUAUCAAACUUAAAAGAGUGCUGCUUAGAAAAGCUCACCGUUUAUCAACCUCUAGAGAAAUUUUGGGCAAGUUUAAGCACUAACCACUUAUGUUGCAUGUUUAAUUAAGGUGAAUGGAGUUCUUAAAAAUAAAAUUGCCUUUAAAAAAUUGUUAAGCAUUGGACUAAGUAGUUACUCAUCACCGUUUACCAUUUUUCAGCGAAUGAAAACAAGUGUACCCGUAAUGAUGUUAGUAGUAUCAUGGUUUAUGACUUUGUAAAAGCAGCAGUUUCGCUUAGUUCCUAGAUAAAUGUCAUUCGAAUGGAUGAUUUCAUACUUUUCUUACUUAACUGUGGACUGUAUCUUGUAGAAAACUGUGUAGCUUUAGUUUGAGCGGCUGGUCUGUGAUAACGGCCUGUUAGAUUAUAACAGUGUCAAUCUGUGCUUGAUGUUGUGGGAUCACCUCCAUUAUUUCAUUUUUCUUGGAAUACUAUAAAUAGCCAUUUGUCAUUCACUGAUCUCCAAUGGAUUUAGACAGGAGCUAAAUGGUUUAGUUAUUCAGGAUUCUCAAAUUAAUACUUGUGGGAAAAAACUUUGAUGUGAUUUUCUUAACUUGUUUUAUCCCAGAAAUCCAUUAAUUUGUCUCCCAUUAGAUGAGCCAAUAUUGUCUCCUAUUGGAUGACCUAAAAAGUUUAUGUGUUUUCAUUCAGUAACCCUAGAACUGAUGUUUUAAUGUGACACUCAUAUCUUAAUUUUCAAGAACUGGGUAGCAAAAUAAUUUUUUUUUGUCAUUCUAUCUAACAUUAGUUUUAGGCUCUGAUUCACAUGUUGGAGACCAGUUUUGUAUCCCAACCAACUUGAACAAAUUAUCUUCAUUGUGAUUGAAAUGUAAAGUGUUCAAAACGGUUUUUCUUCUUCAAAUUGUUUUUUUUUUUCACAAUUCAGAUUGUACAUCAAAAAUAUUUUUAAACAUUCACUUUUGUUAUGUUGGUUUAUUGUAACUUUUUGUAAAAAUAAGUAAUUGUCAGAAUUAGGAUUGAGUCUUCACUUAUAGCAAUACUUCUGUACCAAGUGUCUGAAUAAACUUAGCAUGAGUGCACUCCCCUUUGUUGACUUCACUCUUUCAAAAGCUUGUAUUGACCAUUCACACAUUUAUUUUAUUUUGGUCUAUUUUACUGUUAAUUUUGAGUAACCUUUGGUUGUCUUAUGUUAUUCAAGAAACCUGAAUUGUGUAAGAGAGAUGUUUGAUUUGCUAGGCUUCACAAUCAAGGCUUCUAACUAAUGACAAUGAUAUGAAAUCAUUGGUGAAUGUGAACCUAUUUUCCAACAUGUUUUAUUCAUAUUUUUAUGUGUGCAAUCCGCUCUAGAGUAUAAUUUCAUGUUAUCUGUCACUGUUUACAGAUAAUCUGGCAUUAUUUUGUCCAACAUAGCUGCACAAGACAUUAAGCUUUUCAUUUCUCACUUAAUGCUAACACAAUAGCAGUUUUUGGACGUUUCUAAUUUAUUUCUGUGUAAAUAUCUUAACUUUUAUUAUUGAAAAUCACAAAAAGCUUUAAACCCUUUCAUCAUCUUUGAUCUAAAGCUUAUUCUAAUGAUUUAUUCAAAAGUUUAAACCAAUUUUUUUUUUUUUUUUUUUCACAAAAUUUAAUGAACUGGUUAACUUAGAAAUUUUAAGCUCAAUUGAACAUUUCAACCAAUACAUAAAGCAUUAUAACAAUUGUAUUUGUAUUAUUGCUUACUAGCUUCUUUUUGUAUUUUAAUUUAUUGCAUUUUAUUUGUUAAAAUUGUGGGUUUUUUAGCAAUGAUUUUUUUUUUUUUUCUAGUGUCUACUAUUAAUUUUUAUGUUAAUUUAUUUUUUUUUUUUUUUCAAGUUUAUUUUCAAAGGAAGCUCAUGACAUUUGAUUCACCACUAGAAAUUGUACAUUAUUGUUUGUGUACUCACAACAUUUACAAUAAACAUGACUAUAUGUCGAAUGAAAUUUUGAAAA